AUGGACAACCUAGUAGGAAUAAAAACAAAAAAUUUCGUUUUAAUAGCCAGCGAUAUGAUAGUGCCAGCAUCUAUCCUGUGCGUAAAGUCAGACGAGUCCAAAUUCUCAAACAUCUAUGACACCGUUGUUUUGGCACACUGUGGCUCAUUUCAGCAGUGCUGCGGCCUGCGCAAUCUUUUCACCGAGAGUGUAAAACUACAGGCACUUGACGGGCAGGUGCCGCUCUGCUCGCAGACAACAGCCUUUUUUGUCCAGAAUUACAUUCACAGCAGGCUGCGCCAACAGCCCAUGGAGUCAACAUUUAUGAUAAUGGACAAGAACAGGUCGUUGUACAGUGUUGAUCAGUACGGUGCCAUGUCAUCCAGCAAUUACAUAUGCAUGGGAUAUUCGCGGUUCUUUCUUUAUGGUUUGUUGGACAGGGAGUACCGUGAGGACAUGACGGCUGAUGAGGCCAUUGGUCUCCUGCAGAAGUGCGUUGAUCUGAUGAAGAACAGAUUUUUGUUGAACUACCAGCGCUACAUGGUUAAGAUAUUUGAGAAUGACCAGCUGAGGAGCGUUGAGUUGAAGCCUAGUGUUAAUUAA